AUGAAAAAAGAAGUCAAUCCAAGGACUCUCUUCAUCCAGAAGAUUGCUCUUUUGACAGUUACUGCAGCAUUAUCUCUCUUCUUUGCAACACACCACAUGCUAUAUUUAUGCUUUUUCUUCAUUCCAAUUCUCUUUGUUUUGCAAAAUGCUCCAGAUUAUAUAAUGCUUAACACUCAAGAUGAUGUCAACAAGAAAUUUGGACCUCCAAAGAUCGGAAAAGAAGAAGCGGCAAACUAUCUAACAAAAUUUUUAGAAAUUUUAUGGCCAAAUAUUUUUUCACAGGAGCGUGUCGAACAAUUCAAGGAAAGUUUACAAUGGGUGGUCGAUCAACAGAAGAUUCCAUACUUAGAAAAACUUAUUCUCAAAGAAAUUAAACUUGGCAAUACAUCCCCUCAGAUUACCUUCGUUAAAAUACCAGAAAAACCAAAAGCAGCAAAGAAUUCUCUCAUAUUUGAACUACAAGCAAUCUACUAUCCAACCUUUGUUUUAAAUUCAGUACUAUUUUUGAAAAAUCCUUCAAUCGAUGUCAAAGUUUCUUUCAACAAUCUUACUGUACAAUUUGAUAUGCUCGUUCAAUUUGAGUUCAAAGAAGAGCCAGAAUUACCCGAAAUUCCGUUUUGUACAGCAAUGGACUUUUCUCUUACCAAGAAUCCACAAAUUAUUGGUUUUGAUGUCACCGUUGCUAAUAUGACAUCAUUAUUUAACGGCGAAGAUCUUAAAAAGAGAAUGAGUUCAGCUGCAUCAAAUACAAUUUGGGGAUUAUGUGGCCAACCGAACGGAUUCCUGUGGGAAAGAAACUCUAGUGUAUGGAAGAUUGCAACAGUAUUUGGAAAGUUCGCAAUGAAGAGAAGCAGCAUGAAAUUACGUGAUUUGAGAAGAGAUUCACAAAUCAGGCAAGAUGCUCUUGAACAUAUCAGGAAAUAUAAGAUUGCAAUGCCAUUAGCCCUUGUUUGUACCGCUUACAAAGAUGCAGAAACAACAACAAAAUAUUUCCAAAUGCUGGUCGAUUUUUCGGACAAAUACAACAUCGAUGCAUUCGAUGAUUUCGUAGCCAAGGUCAGCGGCUGGAAUCCUUCGCCAGAUGAACUGACAUCAAUAAUGUCAUUGACAUAUGACUUCAUUUUCGAUUGGUUCUCGAAGUUUAGCAAGAGAAACAUCGAAAUGAAGAAAGGCUUGACAAAGGAAUGCGAAACAAGAAUCGGAAAGAUUAUGACUUUUAUUAACUUUCUUUCUUCGCAGAAGAAGAACUGUCCUCAAGCUUUCGAGAAGCUUGGCGUUGAACGCAAGAUUGACCUUCUGUUCAACGUUAUUUCGACAACACAAAAAGAAUUAAUCAAAAAUAGAAAAUGA